AUGAGCUUGCUGCAGGCCGCCAGUGGACGGCAUGGCCUGACAACACACUCCUCCAACCUACUUCCCAUCGACCCACUCCCUGCGACGCGCCUGCUCUUGCGAGAAGCGCAGUCCCAUUUCCAAAGCCACAACUCUUCCUCCGGGAUACCGCCUGGGCCAGACACUUUGGCGCUGUGCACAUUUUGGUGCUACGCCGCGCUGUGCCUGCGCAACGUCGCGGCUUUGGCAGCGCGAUCUCCCGAGGCCGACGAGCUGGCGGCCGCAUGCUGCACCCUGCUGCGCCGCCGCUGCGCCGACCGCGCUCAGGCGCCCGACGCCGCCGGCUUGAAGGAGGCGGCGGAGACCCUGGACGCGCUGGCCGCCUACCUGGGCGGCAGGUCGCGUGCCGGGUGGGGUAGGGUUCUGGCUGCCGAGCUGGCCCCCGCACUCGACGCCGUGGCGGGGCUCGCCUGCCGCCAGGCCAGGGAACGCGCCCUCGACCCCAGCCACGCCGCGGUCAUCGUUGCAGCGCUGGCCCGCCUGCGGCACGAUUCCGUGGCGGUGCCGCCCCUGCUCGCCGCGGCGGGGAGGGCGCUGGUGCGGGUCGGCGACGGGCCGCGCCCCAGCGUGCGCAGCGUGCUCCUCGUCCUGCGGGGCCACCUGGCGAUGGGCUAUGCGCCCUCGCGCAUACUGCUCUAUGCACUGCAGCCCAUGGUCUCGGAUGCACUGCUGCUCGCCGAGCUGGACAUCCUCGUGGGGCGGCAGGGCAGGGGCCUUGCUGCGCAGCUGAGGAUGACGACAAGGGGCGCGGCGGGCGAGGUCGAGUGA